CUGAGAGCUGAUCAUCACUGGAUCGAUCAUCGAUCUGCUGCUUCCAUGCCUCGGCCGGGACCCCACUGGGGAUGCAUCCAGUGGAGGCUUCUGGAGACUUCACACAGCAGCGUGUCCCAGACUGUGUUUCACACCAACAAGCAGCAAUAACAGCAAAAAAAAGACUCAUGGCAACUGCAGAAACACAUUUUGAACAGUCCAGUUUACAGUCUGUGGAACCCCUGAGGCGGUGUGAGGAGUCGAGGCUUGAGUCCGGGGAGACCAGGAUGAGAAUGCCAGGUCCCUUGGCCUCCUGGGAAUCAGAGCUGACUUCCAUCCAGCACUCCUUAAAGUUUGUGGUGAAGCUGAAGGAGGAGUUUGUGUGUCCCAUCUGCAACGGUGUUGUGCUCAAUCCCCAGCAGAACUCCUGUGGACACAUCUACUGCUUCCACUGCCUCCAAGACCUGCUGGAGCGUUCGUCCCCCUCCAGCCCGGUUUGCCCUGUGGACGAAGCCGUGAUCACACCCGCAGAGGUUUUCCAGGAUAACUGCUGUAAACGGGAAAUCUCCGGUCUGCAGGUGUACUGCACCAACUCCCCAUCAUGCACCUCUGUCCUCAUGUUGAACCAGCUGCAGGAGCACCUGAGGUCCUGCCAGCACGAGCCGCUGCAGUGCAGCCACCCGGGCUGCAGGGAGGUGCUGCAGAGGAGGCAUCUGCAGGAACACCUGAGCAGCAGCUGCCCUCACCGCAGAGAGCCCUGCACGCACUGCAGGCAGCCCCUGCAGCUCAGCCUCCUCCAGGAGCACAUGCAGAGCUCGUGUCCGGAGGUGCAGGUGGAGUGUCCAGACGGUUGCUCCAGCAAGGUAGCCAGACACAAGCUGACGGAGCACAGAGAGUCGUGUUCCGAGGUUCACACUGACUGCUCCUACAAGCCGUUCGGUUGCUCUGUCCAGGGUAAGAGAGGGAGUGUGAAGAAGCACGAGGAGGUUGCUGUGAGUCAUCACAUGCUGAUGGUUCUGCAGAGCAACACCCACCUGGAACAACAGGUGGAGGUUCUGCAGGAGGAGGCUCUGCUCCGGGAGCAGCAGAUCCAGACGGGCAGCGUGGUGCUCACCGGCCUGCAGAAGCAGAUCAGACCUCUGCUGCAGCAGAGCAGCAACCAUGACCACAUCGUCUCCACUGCUCAGAGGUCUCUGAGCAGGCAGGAGGACGCCCUGUCCUCCGUCCAGCUGGGCGUCCAGCAGCUGUCUCGGGGACGGGCCGCUGACCUGGAGGAGCUGGAGCAGCUCAGGAAGUCUCUGGACGCCGUGAUGCAGGAGGUGUUGGCGGCCGAGGCCCUCAGGGAUCACAUAGCGUCGUUGGAGGAGAAACUCAAGUGUCACUCGGGUCUCCUGGAUAUUCACGUUGCUCAACUCAAUCUCAACAAGCAGCACCUGCAAGAGCUGGAGGUGACGUCCUACGAUGGCCGACUCAUUUGGAAGAUUGAUGACUUUCAGAAAAAGAAAGAGGCCUCAGCCAGAGAGCAGCUGCCGUGCCUGACCAGUACGCCGUUCCACACGGGACGCUGCGGCUACAAGAUGGCCAUCAAAGUGUACCUGAACGGGGACGGGGACGGAAGGGGAACCCACCUGUCCCUUUACGUAGUCCUCAUGCCGGGAGACUUUGAUGCUCUGCUGCCGUGGCCGUUCAGACAGACGGUGUCGCUGUCCGUCAUGGAUCAGAGCGGCUCCAGGAACCACCAGAGCCUCAGCUUCAGACCCGACCCGGCCAACAAAUGCUUCCAGCAGCCGGCUGCCGAAGCCGAAGCCGUGAGCAACGUUGCCGUCGGAUUCUCGUGCUUCAUUUCCCUCGACACCCUAGAAACUCCAGGGAAAGCUGUGUUUGUCAAAGAUGACACACUGUUUGUCAAAGUUAAGGUGGACACCGCAGGCUUGGAGCAGCUGUAAAAAUCUCAUGUAUGACUUUGGUGCCACCUGAAGUGGAUUUCAGGGAUGGCAUUGUAGUGGACAGCAGGCUGAUCUGCUUUGUGUCUACGGAAAGGUAUUAGGGCCAGGCAGGAGAAAAAUAAAAAUAAUAAUAAUAAUUUUAGAGGAGGAAGAUUUUUUUUCCAU